CAUGUCAGGCAUGGAUCUACUAGGACUAGGAGCUGGUAAAAACUCUGAAAAAAAGACACACAACCAUGUUCCUGAUGGUGCAUGUUGUGCGGGAGACAAUGCAAAUUCAAGUAAAGAUCAUCCUAUAUUUGCAGCAGUAAAAUCUGGAUUAUUGGUUCCAGUUCAAACCAUAGCUGAGGAUGGGCCUGAAGUUUUUAGUAUGCAAGAUGAGAAGGGUCACACACCUGCUCACUGGGCAUGCCUGGGAGGUCACAUGACAAUCCUUAGAUUCAUUAUGGACAGUAAAGGUCCAGUGGAUCAGCCAAGCAAUAAUGAGCUCGGUGCCCACCCAAUCCACUGGGCAUGUGUGAAUGGACACAUUAACAUUGUGGAUGUGUUACUUCAGUAUGGAGUGAACAUUGACACAACUGACUUAAAAGGUUGUACACCACUGAUAGUGGCAUGUCAGUAUGGGCAUACAAUGUUAGCAGGGUAUUUAAUGGGCAAGGGAGCCCGCUUACAAAUGGUUGACAAAGAUGGGGAUAAUGCUUUACAUUGGGCAUCCUUUAAAGGUCAUUCCGAGCUUAUGAGACUGCUGAUUUACUCCGGCUUUAAUCCUCGUCAGAAAGACAACUAUGGACAGACACCUCUUCACUUAGCGUGCAUUAAUGGCAGCUUAACAGGUGUAACAGAACUCUGUGAACAGGACGGUGUGGAGGUGGAGGUGGCAGAUAAGAACGGGAAGACUCCUCUGAUGCUGGCCUUUGGUAGAAAACACGAAGAAGUCUGUGAUUACCUCCAGAGGCAGAUUAAAAAGAAGAAGAGUUUACUGCCUAAAAUUGACUUUUAUACAAUAGCAUUUGGUCCCCCAGGAAACAGUAAAGGAGCCAUUCUCUUCUUCAUGGUCAAUGCCAUUUGCUGGGGAUACCCAAUGUAUAUAUUUAAGUGUUUGCCAUAUACCUGGAAUGAGCUUCAGUUAUUCCAUAUCUUCUUUUUCUUCGUAAACAUUGCCAUGUGGAUUUGUUUGUUUCAUGCCAGCACAACAGAUCCGGGGUUCCUUCCUAGAAACAUACCUGAAUAUGAUAUGGCUAUAAAACAAGUAGCACAUUUUGAUGAGUGGAAGCAUGGUGAGAAUCCCUUGAGUCGGCUCUGUCACACGUGUCGGACGGUCAAACCGCUCCGCUCCAAGCACUGUAGAGUGUGUAACCGCUGCGUCAGGGUGUUCGACCAUCACUGUCCUUACAUCUAUAACUGUGUGGGAUACUAUAACAGAGUUUCAUUUGUAGGGUUUGUAUGGUGUGUUACCAUAAAUGGGUUUUUAAGCACCUUCUUCAGUUACUAUGCCUUGACCCAGUAUGAGGAACUUAAUAUGGUCUACCUGUUCUUCCUCUGCCUCAUGCUGUUUUACCUGUGUGUGGCCUCUUACCUGUGUUUAUACCUGGUUUAUUCAAUCGUUAAGAAUUUAACAACAAAUGAACAGCUGAAGUACAAAAGAUAUGCCCACAUGAAGGAUAAGGAUGGGAAGCUUUUUAACCCAUUUGAUGGAGGACCUAAGAGAAACAUUCUGGAUUUCUUUUUUAUCAGGCUUCAUCCAACGGAUGAAAAUGGAGAUUACAUUUUUAUAAAACUGCCAUCUUAA